AAUAGGUAAGUUGAAAAUAUGAUUACCUUCAUUUUGGUAAUUGACCCAUCACAAUUUCACCAACUUGAUUCAUUAGACGCGGUUAUUUAUCCUAACUUUUGAAAUCUGACAGAUCGAUAACUGCACGUGAUCAACAUAUGGACCUCCUCACCCUCUCAAAAUCCAACGUGCUGUAUCCUAGCCAAUCAUGUCAAAAACCGACUUUGAGAAUAACCACAGGAAUUACAACCAGUGAAGUACAUGAGAUUCUUGAAUAACUAUUUAAUGCAAACGUACGGUUAUUUACGAUUUCAAGAGGACCUUCGAUCUAGGCGGGCCCCGACUCGACAACCGGCUACUGUAGAGGCUAUUUCAAAAAUUGUUGGGCUGAUAAAACAACGCAGUGAAGAAUUAAACGGAGGGGAUGUGUCUGGACUACCAGAAUUAACAACACUUAUUUCCAAAUGUGAAAGCAGUAACACUCUUAUCAGUGUCACAGCUUGUCAUGCGUUAACAACACUUGUUGAAAAUGGGGUUCUUGGUGUUGCUAAUACGCUAUCAAGAUUCAUAGCCUUAUUAGGAACAACAAAGAAUUACACAGCACUCACAGCGGCAAUAAGCAAUUUGUUGUUACUUGCUUUGAAGGCUCGUAAUGAAAAAGAUCCUUAUGUGUGUCCAUUUACAUUGAAGACACCUCAGCAUCCAUUGAUAACAGUCUUGACUCGUAACAAAGAUAUUUGGAAAGAUAUCCUGAAUCAAAUGCAAUUCAUGGUGAACCAUUAUGACAAACAGAUAGCUCAAAACAGUAUAGAACUUCUACGUCCUGUGUUUCUUUUCAUUUUGUGCAACCCAUCAUCAGUACUCUCGGAAAGUUGUAAACAGCAAAUAUGGCAUCUUCUGAUUAAGACUAAUCAUGCUGCCGAAUUACAAGCUGAAGCUUUGCUCUGGUUACAAUCAAACAAUGCAAAUUCUUGCGUCAAUACCAACUAUAGGCUCAUUGAAAUUACUGAAUUGGCAAUAUUAAAUAAAGAUAAGAAGUUGUAUGUUGCCCUGACACCGCUAGUGGCGUCUCUUGCUCUUGAAUUGGCAAAGCAUGGCUGUGACCCACGAGCUAAUUUGGAAAUACUGUCGGAAAUUUUUGAAAAUGGCGAAAAUGAAUCCAGCAGCGUUACUACCGCUAUGUUAGCUGAAUUGAUUUUAAUUUGCCCUGCCGUUUAUUUACACAACGUUGUUCGAUUAUGUGCAUCUAUUACAGUGAAAGUAUCGUGCAACAUUGUGAGUGCACACAUGCUGUUGGCAUCUCUAUUACAGUGGAUGGCAUAUCCUUCUCUACUAUCAUGUGAUGCUUUAGAAACUGCAAGGGAUGUAAUAAAUUCCAUCAGAAAUACAAAAACAUGGCCGUCAAAUACUAACAGACUGUAUGCAAACCAGACAUUUUCUACUUUGAAAUAUUUUGACGCCAACGUUCCAUUCUAUGUAGAAACAUGUCGUUGCCUUGAGAGUCUAAACCAUGAAAACAUAAUGCUAUGGUUGGAGAAUGUAUCGAAUGCCCCUCAGGAUUUCAAGUACAAAUCGAAAUUAUUUUUGAGUAGUAUAUUCUUGCAAACAAGAAAUUCCACAGUAGCAAUAAAAAUAUGUAAUAUUCUUGUGAGCAUUGUGAAGGAGAACAAUUCAUUUGCAUCUCAUUUAAUAUCCCUCGUUUUAUACAAACUAGCUAACUCACAGGAUUACAACGAAACCAAGGUGUUGCUUUUUUCUCUACCAGAACUAGCAGUGGUAAAGGAGAAUGUGCCUUUGAUAAUUCACAAUCUGGAAGCACUGUCAGGGUAUGGAAAACCUUUGAAACAGCUAGCUAUUGAGUUGUAUUUAAGAACGUGGAAGAAUGAGCCAAGAUGUCACAGGUAUCUCCAAGCUGCGCUUGUUGAUGCUAAUAAAAAUGAUCAUUCAUUAGAAACGAGUAUAACGUGUGCUAGAGCAAUGAAAUAUAUUUGCGUCGAACGACCAGAACAUGGAGCAGAACUAGUUCCAUUAUUAUCGCAAAUAUUGAACAGAUGUAGCGAUCUCGGAGGUAGUGCUCCUAGUGCAAUCGCUUUAAAAGGUAUAUCUGCUCUCUGUGAGUCUGGAGUUAUUGAUAUUUGUUCGACAUGGAAGGUGCUAGCCCCGAAAAUGAAUAAGGAUAAAAGAAGCAUUGUCUUGCAAAGCUUAUGCGAUUUGUUUAGUGAUAUACCAUCAUACCCCAGUCGGCCAAGCGAUAAUUUUGACAAACUUGUCAUUGAAGUGAUCGCUAAAUUAUGGACUUUUGUUGCCACUUCUGAAAGCUUAGAAGUGGUCAAGUCUGCAUUACACGCUUUAUCUGCAUAUGAUUUGGACCAAAUUCCACUGAAAGCUUUACCGGAAAAUUUCAGGCAAGACCUCAAACUGCCAGACAUCUAUUGCAAGACACCCGCAGAUGCGGCCAGAAAGCCUGAAACGGUUUUGCCGUACAUACCUGGUAUUUGUUGGAUACAAAUGCUGGAGAAAAUAGAUCCUUCAGCCCUACCCGCUGCGGGGGAUUUAUUGAUCUCUUUCAUCAAAACAGAAACUAAUAACUUUCGUGGAGAUAUAUACUCUCCACCACAGGGAGAGCCUAACAACUUUCGAUAUCUCUCAGACAAAAGUGUUAUAAGAGCUAUUGGUGAUUAUUUGAGGCUUUCCAGUGUGACCUCGAAAGAAAAUAAAAGGCCAACAAUUGUAGAAUGCUUGAGAAUAUUCUCACAUAAAUACAAAAAACCAUUACCACCUAUUAACUGGGUAUUCUUGCAAGGAUUCAUGGAAUUAAAUGAGGUGACAAGAAAAUAUGUCAUGUCUCUAGCAUGUCAUCAAAUGACAAUAUCAACGUCUGCCAAAAGAUUUGUUGAAAAUUAUCUGAAUACAUUCGAAGCAAUAACUCAAUUCAAGGAAUAUAGUUUGAUUUAUGGAAACUUGGCAGAUCUCUGUAAAGGCGUGCCGCCGAAUACUUUGAGGCCAGUUUUAGAAAAAACUUUAAAUUAUACAUUGGAAAAAACAGUUACGGGUAGUGACGAAUCCAUAGAGAUGUUGAAAUUUAUGAUGGAAUGUUACAAAGAAUCUCUGCAAGAUGAAACAAUUCAUGAUGCAAACAGGACAUUACUUUCCAUUAUAUUGGAGGGACUUCUUGACCGAAUUCAGGCAGAAACCAAACAGUUUGAAUUUUAUGUAGAUACUAUAUCAGAGUUAUCGUCAAAGCAUAUCGAUCGAAUGACAUCUCCAAGUCUCUGGUGGGAAAUUACGGCUCAACGUUUAAGAAAAGCAAUAACGGUUAGAGCAGAAUUGGCACUCAAGAAAGAUGUAGAAUUACCACUUGCCUGGAUGAAUGAAGUCAUUGAUGCUUCCAUUACUAUGCCAGGGGAACAUAUUUUUAUGAUGAAGACCAUGCUAUAUGUUCAACAGAAAAUGCAAUCAGAACCAUCUAGCUCAAAAUGGAUAUUGGAAUUAAUGGGGCGUAUUCAAGCAGUCUUAGCUGAUAUUUCUCUAGAAGAUAACAUCCAAAGAGCUAUAUUUCUCUGCGAUAUAUUGUUUCUUUCUUCCAUUUGCCUAUCAGGGAGUGAUUGCCAUUUAUCAAAUCCCGAAUCUUUAGUUCUGUCUAGAGAGUGCCGCGUUGGUUUGUUUCCCCACGCAAUAGCAGAGUUGGUUCAAAAGUCUCAUUGGCGCAGCAUCGUUACUCAGAUUAUGGAAUGGCUAAACCACAUGCGGAAAAGUAUGUUACCAAAAAUAUACAUAAUUGCAUUUAACAACGCUUUGGUUUCACUCAAACACGAACGAUACUUUAAUGAAAUCUGGACGAAAUGCUUAUCCCAAAAGCCUACGAUGAAUUUAAGCUCAUAGUAGCAAAUUAAGGUACAUAUUCACACAACAUCAUACAUACCCAAACUUUUAACAUCAUCAACAGCUUUCAAUCUGUAGUAAUGUGGUGGAACUUGACCUCCAGGUGCCAUGAUAUAUCUAGGAUCACUCAUUACUUGGGGUUCAUGAGCAAUUCUUGGUAUGACUUCAAUUCUUCUUUCAAUUUCUUUUUUUAAUGACUAUAACAAAACAACGAUAGAUAUAAUAUAGAUAACAACUGUGAGUAAAAUAAAUUGUUUUUAAUCAUAAUUAGAACAGCGUUAGUUUGCUUAUGAGAGAAAUGAUGAUUGAUUUGUUUCAAAGUUGAGACAAUAUGAAUAUCAAUUCAACGACAUAAGUAAUGUUUUCGAUAUGUACUCGACGUAACCUCAACGAAACAAUAGUUUAUAGAAGUACCUUCUUC